AUGUCCGAAAGUAUCUCAUCUUUAGACGUAAUGUCUACCAACGAAUUUCCGCUGCCUCAAUUAUCAUUGAACAGCUAUAACUCUCGACCAAUAAACAGAGUCGCUAUUGUAACACCAUCGCUGUCGCGUAACAAUAAUUACAAUGAUGAUAUAACGAGUUUUACUCGUAGCCCAACACCUAGAUUAGCUAGCUCAGUGUCUCUGUCAAGUAAAUCUUACUCCAGAUCAUCGUUAUGCCGAGAUUCAUUCAGUUCAAAUAGUUUUUUAAGAUCUGCGACUCCGCGGCGGUUUUUCCCGCAGGACAACAGUCUAGCGGACUUUUCGCUUAAGCAUGAUUUGUCAAAAAAAGAACAAGCGCCGGUUGUAUUUGACGCGAGUUUAAAUUUUGUCCUGGGGAUUGAUAAGCAGAAAGUAAGACAAUCAUUUCGACCCACGGCCUCACACUUGGAACCAGAAACGGCAUCCUCGCUUUUGACCUCGCGUAUCGCGCAAUUUCUUCAGCGAACUGAUCAUAUCAUGCAAGAGUGGAAAAGAAUCGGGGGUAAUACUAAUGAUAAUGAGUUGGAUUAUUUGUCAAUGCCUUAUGAUAAAAAUCGACCGCUUGGUAAGAGCAAAAGCGCGGCUAAUAUUAUGAUCAAGGGCUUUCAGUACUUCAAUAGAGACAAUAGUGCCGCUAGAAGCGUUUCUAAUUACAAUAAUCUACGAUCUAGAUUGUCAGAAGAUAGAACUUUAUCUGAGUGUGAUGAUGAGUUAAGUGUAUUAACUGCUGACUACGCGGAGGAGCACUCGACCUCGACAUUGGCAGCUGAAAGAAUAGAUGCCGAAACCUCAGAGCGACUUCGCUUGGAACGUCAACUCGAAGAUGUUACUGAGACAAAUAAAACGCUCCAGCAAACUACCGAAAGAUUGGAAAUGGAGCUACUCUAUGCGAGAGCUGCUGAUUUAAAUCAAAUUACUCUUGAUGGAGAAGAAAAUAAUCAAGAGGAUGGCGGUAUUUAUAAACAGAGAUACGAACAUGCUAUCCGUGAGCUGGAGUUUACCAAAAGAAAAAUGGCUCAACAGCAUGAGGAUGAUUUGGAGCAGCUUGUCGGUCUUAAAAAACAACUGGAGAAAAAGCUUGCUGAUGCCUACGAGGAAGUCGAGGAGCAGCGACAGGUAGUCAGUCAAUGGAAACGAAGAGUCCAAAAACUUAAUGGUGAGAUGCAUGACUUACGACUGCUUCUUGAAGAACAGACAGCCCGUAAUAAUUUAUUGGAGAAGAAACAGCGGAAAUUUGAUUCUGAGACUCAGAAUCUUAUGGAUGAUUUAAGACAAGAAAAAGCACAACGGGAAAGACUUUUACGUGAAAAAGAAAUAGCUGUCGCUGAAAAGUUUACUAUUGAACAAAAUUUAAGUGAUUGCAAAUUAGAAAUGGAACUCCAAGAAGAAAGACUGACAACUUUGUCUCAAGAAUUAGAAGAAUUAAGUUACGGCGGUAAGACAGAAGAAGAAGUAAUGCAGCUGAAAAAAUCAAAGCACGAACUCGAGAAGAAAUGUAAAGACCAAGAAGAAGAACUUGACGAUCUUGCAGGGCAAGUUCAAUUGCUCGAGCAAGCUAAAUUGCGUUUAGAAAUGAGCAUCGAGCAGCAGCGCAAAGAAAUGCGUAAAGAAAUUCAACAGAAAGAUGACGAGCUGGAGGACAUUCGAGGGAAUGCUCACAAAAAAGUCAAAGCUCUGGAGUCCCAGUUGGAAAAUGAGCACGAGGAGCGGACAAUUUUAUUGCGGGAGAAGCAUGAAUUGGAGAGACGGCUGGUGGCGUUUGAAGAGCAAGGUCGCAAUGAUCGUGCUGCGGAAGCUGAUGUAACUCAGCGAUUAAAGAGAGACCUUCGUAGAACUCGGGCGCUUUUGCGCGACGCUCAGACAAUGCUUGAACGGUCUAAGAGCGACGCGACGGGCAAAGUGGCGUUAAGACAAUUGAAAAAUCAAUUAGAAGACGCUCAGUGUGCUCAAGCGGUGGCUGUUAAAGCCAAGCAAGCGCUCGAGCAGGAAUUAAAUGAGACUCAAGCGGCGUUGGAUGAAGUUUCUCGGAGCAAGUCUGAAGCAGAGGAUCGUGCUAAUGCCGCAAAUCGCGAGCGUACUGAGCUGAUUUCACAGCUUGAAGAAAAUGAAGAAGAGUUGGCACAAGUUUUGAAAAAGUACCGCACGACAGUGCAACAACUUUCUACGGAGCAAGCUGCAUUGCAGGAAGCUCAGGUACAAAUAGCUGCGCUCGAAGCUGAAAAAUCCUCACUAAAAGACCAGCUGAUGGAACUCAGCCAGCGACUCGAGUCGGUCGAGCAACUUGGCGAUCCUACAGCCAACAGUCUCGUUACUCGGCGACUCGAAUUUCGCGUAAAGGAGCUUGAAAGCAAGCUAGAUCUAGAGCAAACUACUCGGGCGAGACUAGAGACUCAGAUUACACGGUUAAAAGAAAAUGUUGAUAAGCUGCAAACCGAGUCCGCGUUGCUCAGAACCAAGGAACAGACUGCUCAGGACACUGCCAGAAGACUGCAAAGGUCUUUAAGGGAAGCCAAAGAGGAAGCCACUUGCGCGGUCGCAAGGGAACAAGAGUCUACUCGUGUGAGACGAGAUCUUGAAAAGGCUCUUGAAACCGCCGAAGCUGAAACUAAAUUAGCUCGAGAUGAUCUCAGGCUCGCUCUACAACGAAUCGAUGAUCUACAAAGCGCAAUACAAGGCGAGCUAGAUUUAGAUUGCAGCGAGGAGGCUUCCACUACUACCGACAAUAACAGCAGUGACAGGUAA